CAAAGAAAUCAUAUAUCUAAGAUGAUAGAAUUCUGAUUAUUUUCUGAUUAUACCCCGUAUAUCCCUGGGAGGCAUUCGAUUAGAAAGAAAACCUGGUGGAUCUAUCUGGACCAUCAGUGACACACCACCAGAUGGCGGACCUCUCCUUCGAGUUAUGUUAUCGUCCGCUGACAAUAAUACUGCUGGCAAUAGCAUACCAGAGAAGUUAAUAAUCACUUCAUAUUCAUCACUGUGAGUUUCUGGGUGCAAUAUCAUCCAUAGAGUCGAUGCCAUUAUGCAACAAUUACCUACCUCCCAAUGCUCGUAGCUGACACUGAUUAACUGAGAAUUAUCUGCACAAAUGAUUACCUAUUUGCAUGGAUCUCUUUCAGAGCAUGUCAGCAUUAUCACAUUGUGUACUCAUUUCUGUGUAGCACACGUAGAACUUUUGCAGCUGUUUGUUCUCAGCAAGCGGGCUCCUGCAUGUCCUCCCGACAUCUACGAGCAUCUCCUCUCAUCUCGUCCCAUCUCCAUCAAAUAUCCCCCCACGGCGUCCACCAUGGAUCGAGCAGAGCGCCUGAAGCUUCUCUUUGAGCAUGAUAGCUCUCUUCUCACUACUGAUGUGCAGCUCUACAAAGAGCCUCUGCCCAACCCACCAGAUCCUGUCCCUGAGCGAGUCCCUACUCCUGCCCCAGAGACUGCCCCAGCACCACACUCAGAGACAGCUGAGCCAAAGCAAAAGGCAUCGAGUCAACCAGUUACAGAUGAAGUCUUCGGACCAGAACCACCUCCUGUGAUGUCAGACUCUGAAGAAUCAGAUGACUAUCUCUCAGCCUGCAAACGCACCGCACAGCGCAAGGCCAAGGAAGCCGUACAGGAUGCAUCUCUCCAACCCAGCAAAAAAGAUGCACGGAAGAGUCAUGGACGCAAAAUAGCCGCUCAAAACUUGGCUGUCACGGAUAAUCUCUCGAAUCUCCCUCUUUCUCGCUGCUUUUGUCCGAUAAUGGCGGUUUCGCGAUUGCCCUACAAAUACCUCCGAGGCGAGGCCUCAGAGGCCAUUGCACAGCAGUUCUUUACGGAGGGCAAGUUCUGGAAGAGAUAUUGGAACUUGUACCAUAUCCAUCCCCCGCCUUAUAUGGCUACUCGGCCCCUGCUCUUAGUGCCUGCCAUUCAAGUCCAGGAACUGAUUGACGAGAUCAACGACGAGUUUAAUUGCACCUUGUCUCUUCCCACGGACGUCCAUCUGGGCCUGAUGCUGCCAUUUGAAGAGGACGGGACUCCGCAGCCCCAGUUUCUGGGCCAAUGCACAAGUCGAGAGAUGAAGGAACAGUUAGAGUACAACGCUUCCACCGCAUCUCACGAUCAAAAUGCUCAUAAUCCUCCAGCCGGGUGCAGCCCGGAGGUAGACCGUUCAUUUGCUGCCUUCCGGAAGAAGAUUGAAGCUGCUUUGGAGGCCACAAAGAAUAGAACAAAGGCUUCCAAGGCCAAGAAGCGGCAGAACCAGAUUGAGAAACGCCGGGAAUGGUCUCGUACUCUGAGGAGGACGCAGAGAUACCUUGGCCUCCGUCCGCAGCGGCCUCGUGGUCUGCUUCCGCCUGAUCUUGAUGAGAGCGCCAGCUGGGAGGAGAAGCAGAAAGCGGAGCGUGAGUACGGACUAGCCUGCGGCACGAUCCUUGAGCCUCUGAAUGUGAAUGAGCCAGCUCCGUUUCCGUUUUCAGACGAGCCCAUCUUCAUCUGUGUGGAUGUCGAGUCCAAUGAGCGCUGCCACGACCAGAUCACUGAGGUGGGUGUCUCUGUAUUGGACACUCUAGAUCUCGUUGGUGUCCCGCCAGGCGAGGGUGGAAGAAACUGGAUGGCGCGAAUCCGCUCUCGUCAUUUCAGGGUCCAGGAGAGAUCGUACAUCGUGAACAAAGACUUUAUCGCAGGGUGUCCGGACAAGUUCGAAUUCGGAGAGAGUGAGUGGGUCUCGGUCAGUGAGAUCGUCAAAGUCGUCGACGAAUGUUUCCAACCCCCUUAUUCGGGACAUAUAGAACUUGCCGUCAACGAGGUUGAGGGAAAGGAUGCGCGCUCUGGCAUUGUGGUAGAGGGCGUACUGCCGGAGUACAAACUGCAUCCACGCAAUAUCGUCUUUCUCGGCCAUGACACGCAAACAGACAUCAAGUACCUCCGUACUUUGGGUAGUACCCUCUUCGCGGAUGACCCUGAGUCUCCAGAAAGUCCUGCGAAGGAGGGUGAUCAGAAGGUAGUGCAGCCUAGCUUCCUGGAGGCGCUGGAUACAGCAACUCUUUUCCGUGUUCUCAAACGUGACACGAAUCCUCGUUCUCUCGGACAGGUCCUUCUCGACCUAGGAAUCACGGGAUGGAAUCUCCACAAUGCAGGAAAUGAUGCGCGCUACACAGUGGAAGCGAUGAUCGGUAUCGUGCUGAAAUCGCGUCUGUUACUCGACCAGGCCGCCCAGGCGACCUCCGAAACACCCGCACCGGAAGAUUACGCCCAGGCAGAUGGAGCUGCUGAAAAAGAGAUCAGCGCCUCUCGCGAGCAGGCCUGGAAAGAUGAAGUCGAGAGACGGGUUGCCAAAUCGGUUGCGGAGACUGAGCAGCGUGUCCGUGAAGACUGCGAGGGAUGGGAGCUUGAUAACUGGAGCGCCGAGGAUAUAGAUGGCGGAGAAGGCUGUGGCCAUGGCAUUCCUGGCCGUCGUGGCCAACAGGGCCUGCAAAAGAAUGGUAAACAGACAGAGACGGAGAUAGUGGCAAAGCAGCUAGAAGCUACUCUGAUUUAGGUUGCAGCUCACUACUUUGUUUCAUCAUGCAGGUUCUAUGACGGGGCGUACAGAUUUAUUUGAGCAUUUGCACCUAUUCCAGCAUCCAUCCGGAUCUUCAUCAUGAAAAUGCGAUUGAUACCUUUUACAUCAGCCUUGCACACGUAACUAUCUAGCAUAGUAUGAAUACAGAAUCAUCCAAUAGAACUCGCCAAUUAAGAAUCAUCGUUCUAUAACUGUGAAGAAUACCUUAUUACCUAAACUGUCCCCUUCCCACCCGCAUUCGAAAAUCCCGCUUCGUUUAUCGAUAAUAUUAAACGAAUUGUAGAAUAUACAACAAUCGGAAAACAUUGACGUCACCGCAACUAAUACCAUUCAUGUCAGUUCAGUCGCAUGGAAUCCUUCCCAAUAG